UUGUCGAAAGAAACGGUUCGGAGUACAACCGCAGUGCCACAGUAAACGUUAACAUUGUGUUGCUUUUGAUUUUUUGUUCAAAACACUGUGAAUCUAGUGAGAGAAAAAAAAGCUCGAGCGCAUUGUUCGAAUAGAGAGAAAUACACAGAAAAGCAACGCGAAAAAAUCGGAAAUUUUAAUUGUUUUGUGAUCAUUUUACGAAUAUAAAAGCAAAUCGUUGCAACAAUGACCAUCUAUGCGAAAAUCGUUCAAAUCAUUUUGAUUAACUACGUCGAUUCGACUAAAUUCAUCUAAUAAAAUUUAAACGAAAGAAGUUACGCGUGGCUGCAUGUUAAAAUCAACAUGCCAUCUGGUGACAAUCAUCUAGUGGUCAACCUAAUCAUGAUUGAACUAUUCGGAACGAUUCUCUUUUUGGCCAUUCUUACCAUUUGCCUUUACAUCAAACGAUACUUUGUGCGAAAAUCGUUAGGCGGCCUCAAAGCAUUGAUCACCAAUGGUGAUACCAAACUUUCGCAAGAACUGGCCGAGCGGCUGUCUUCCAAGCAUAACUGUCAUGUAAUACUGGUGAAAGGAAAAACUACCAGCGGUCUUCAAAAUCAACCAGAUUCAAUCCCACCGCAGACGGCCGGUAUUUCAGUUCUGCAUUGUGAUAUUUUGGACAAUGAAGAUCUGGAAAGACUGAGCCAAAUCGUUCAAGACACAUUCAACGGGAUUGAUAUUGUUAUUGAUAAUGCAACUAAAGGGAUUUUCAAUGCGGUCAACAAAGAUGAUUGCCGUGCAUUCAUCGACGGCACCAGCGAAAAAUUGCGCACAACUAUUAACAUGUUAAUGCAUUUUAUACCGAAAUUGAAAUACUCAAAAUGUGGCCAUUUCGUCACCAUUCAACCGAUCAUAUCGAAUCAAAAGCCGUUAUUAUCAUCUUAUCGUGAGAUAAAAGAGUUAAUAAAUCUACUAAGUGACAAUCAACAGUCGACGUUUGCGCUUGAUAUAUUCAACCAGCAAAAAAUUCGUUUGACUACCGUAUUGUGGAACUGUGACGACACUACAACCAUUCCCGUUGCAUACAAUGGCCACAAUAGCAAUAACAACAAUCAGGCUGAUAUUGAGCAGAUAUCAGAACGCAUUUUGGAUGGGAUUCGCGCUGACCGUUCCGUGGUGCAUAUCAACAAAUCCGGAAAUCUCAUCGGACCCAUUCGAAACUUUUUCCAAAAGAAAAAGUCAAAUUCGAAUGAUGAUUGCAAUGGUCACAGCAAAGUCAGAUGAUUAACUGAGGCACAAAGUAAACAGUAAUCAACGUCAACAAACAUCAAUUCAUAGAUCUUCUAAGACAGACUUAUUUAUAUCAUUAAAUUUCUAGGCGAUAAGGUGUGCUUGAAAUUCAAAUUUUAAUAAAAAUAUAUUUUU